CAAACUCAGAUGUUACAGGUGACCCGAAAAGGGAUCCCAUGCACAAGAUUGAUGGAGUGAAUGUUUUUCCUUACUUUCGCUUCAUCACAGAAAGUGUCAGAGAUUGAAGUCUUGGUUGGUGGGACCCUGUUCCAGAUGGCCAUUGCGGAUUUCGUGCCCUUUCGCAUGCACUUCAAGGGGAUGAGGACCACCACUUGUGGGUGAGAAAGGCUAUUAUAGAUGAAGUCAUGUUGAUCCAACAUUGUAAGUACGCAUAUAAAGAUGUGGGUCUUGCUCUCACACGAUUACAAUGGAACAAGCCAGAGGGUACUACAAUGGAUCAUUGGAUGAAUGAGUCGGAUCUCGCCGUAGCUGCAACAUUAUUUAACUGGGCCAUAAUCCUCUACAAUCAAAUGGACGAUACCAAAGAUAGGGUGAGGAGACGUGUUCCAUUUGGACAAACCUUUUUACCUAUGAUAGCCAAGUCGGGGGUAGCUCGCCCUAGCAACGUGUUGGUGUUGUGUAACACCGGAAACCAUUGGGUGCGCCUUGACUUUGAGGAGGAUUCAAUACCAAUGCCUUCAUUCACCUUCGUGUGGACCCAUUUCCGUGACAAAAUGAGUACUCAAGGGUGGGAGCAGUUCUUCGAGGACGAGCGAGAUCUUUGCUUCGCACUUGGGGAUCAUCAUGACUAGUAGGAGAUAUUUUUAGUAGUAUUGAUAUAUAACGACAAUAGUUGUAAAUAAGGAGUAUUUUGUAACUCAU